AUGCGCCGACAACUCACCAAAAGAGCAUGUGACGAGUGCAUAUCUCGCAAGGUGAAGUGCAGCGGCUCCUGGCCUUGCGAUACUUGCCAGAAAGCGCCCAAGGAGGUAGACUGCACGUACCUCAAGCCACCGGGAAGGAGGGGACCUAAAGUGCGACGACGUACCAACAAGGGCAGGUCCGCCAGUGAUGGAUCGAUUGGCCAUGUUCAUACGGAGGAAGCUGCUAUAAGAGCCCAUCCGGUCGAGAAUCGUCCGGUAAAUCAUGCUGCCGUUCAUGCUGAUGCUGAGGGUGAUGAGUCCCUGUCUGCGUGGGGCUGGAGAAAGGAGACAUGCAUUCCCAUAACGAUACUGGUCUAUAUCGUGCGCCUGUACCAGACUUUCUCGCACAGUGUUUGGCCGGUGGUCAACGCAGAUGCGCUUUUGCAACAGUUGGAGGACGGCACCCACGAUGCGCAGACGCUUUGCUUAGCGCUGGCGCUGUGUGCCGCGACGAUGGCACAAUUGCAGCUUGCUCCCUUGGCCGGCGGCGAUAACCAGACCGUGGACAGUGGCCUGCUCAAAUUGGAGUGUAUGCGACUUCGGGAGCGGAGUGAUUACAGGGAGAACCUCGACGCCAAGGGUGUGCUUGUUUCGUUCUUUCUGCAUGUGUAUCAUGCAAAGAUUAACCAGCGGAAGUCGGCUAUGCUGUUUAUACAGGAGGCUAUCGCGAGCGGGAGACUUUUAGGAUUGGACACGAAAGAUCGGAAUGUUGCCUUUACCGACGGUGUUGUUGCAAAUGAGGAGAUUUUGUUUCUGUUGCUGUGGGUGUCUGAGAGAGGAUAUGCUAUGCAUCUUGGUGUGAGGCCUUCAUAUAAUGAUCCAGUUGAGCUUCCAGACGCAGCACAUUUGGCAAUGAACACUCAUGCGCGGGGGUUACUCGAGCUUUUCAAACUCUUUGUCACAUUCGACAAGAUUCAAACACGACGAUGCACUAGGUCCAACUCGGCUCAAGCUCUAUCUGUAGCUAGUCUAGCUGAAACAGAAGCAGCACUGUCGGCUCUAGCCUUUAACUCAGAUCAGGCAUCCACACGGCUGGCGGAUUGUUACAUCACCAGAGAAUGGAUGAAAACUAUUGUCUGGCAGGAAGCACUAUCUCAGCGUCUGCUAUCUUCAACAUCUACCACCGAGGUGAUGACCUUUCGAUUCCCUGCAGUUGUCGGUCGUGAUCUGUUGAUGUCCCUGCAAGGACUGACAGAGACAGACUUGCUGCCCUUGGGUCGAGACCAGCUAUUGAAGUGUUUUGAGGUUGCCAACUCUCUGGCAGAUAUCGUCAUCUAUACUCCUCCAAGGUCGUUUUCGAAUGCCCUACAGGCCGGGCCUCAAGACCUCCUACACGCUUUAUAUCAGAAGAUUCUGCCCUUUCUGGAGCAGGAUCCGGUGCUGAAAUCAAUUCUUCGUGCGAAAACAGCCGAGGCUUUGGUGAUGGCCCCUGCUCGUUUGGGUGUCGGGCUUGUUACCAGGCCAGAUGUGGAAGAGGAGAAUAUCUCAGACUAUUCUUUGACCGCUGCAAGCUGA